AUGGCCAAAGUCAAAGAAACUCGAACCCUAUUUGUGGAUAAUAAGACUAAGCCAGAAGAUAGAGUGAAGACAAUAUUCUUACAAACUGGUGCUUCACUGAGACCUAAGUUAGUAACAUUUUUCCAAAUACAGAUCAAAGCAGAAAUUGAAGAGUUUAUCAAAGUCAUUUUCACUCUAUUCCAAGACAAGUGCGUCCUUGAAGUUUACCGUUCUGAAUCCCACGGGGAGCAACCAAAGAAGAUCAGGUUUUGCAGUACUCCAGAGCUGUAA